UGACAGCCUGGCUUGGAAUGGAAGGUCUUCAGGCGCACGGGACCAAAGGAACACCUGCGGGCUUCGAUCGAUGAAACCAGGAUUGGUUAUGACUCCAGUUAUUUUUUUCUCUGAAUGAAUAUUUUUUUUAUCGACGAAUGACCCGUUUGACUACUGAAUCGACUUGGUGUGCGAAUGUUUUGAUACAACCAGCGUUUCUAUGCUAGCAUUUAUAACCUCCUAGAGCCGCACAUGUAAAAGCCUCGAGGAUUGACAUUUCUUCGCUUCUUUCUUUUUUUUGUCAUCCGAGGACUGGACCGCCAUCUCAACCUAAUAGGCUAUUUAUGGUAGGGACAUAAACCUGGAGUGAAGUUAGAGGGUUAUAUUAUUAUUAUUAUUAUUAUUAUUAUUAUUAUUAUUAUUAUUAUUAUUAUUAUUAUACAGAUCAUCGCUUGUAACGGCAGACUCGAACAGCCUUUAUCAGGAUCUAGCAUGGACGUCUCAUUAUGUAGCCUAGCUGGCAUUGCUAUUCCUUCAUUUUGAUGUCGGGAGUGGAGAUGCUAUCGCCCGAGUCUACCCGGAUUACAUUGCAGUCUAUUCGUGGUCAACAUGGCAUUUCGGAAGGAUUCUAUUAUAACAGAGGAAGCGGCAUUUUAACCACGGUAGGAGACGCAUGAGUCGUGUCGCCCUGGUAGGUUUGCCUGGCAUUCGACAUCAUCAUCAUCGGUCUGAAACAACACGGUGCGCUUUGACAGUAGGAGCUCAUUGUUUGCAUCGUUAAUGCGAGACCAUAUCUGGGAACCGAACCUGAAUACUGCAGACUUUACGGAAUACCGGCGUGCGUAAUAUCUGGGAUGUGUGAACAAACCGGAAUUAAACAACACAGCUGUUAUUACCCUGGGAUUACAACAAGGAAUUGACGUGGAAGGCUACGAUGCCUUUUGUGGACUAUAAACUGCAGUGUCGUUUUGUUGAUGUUGGUAAGCUUAUUUUAAUUUGGGGCUAAUCGAUGUUAUAACACGGCAGAACAGUAGCUGGUUGUGCGUCUUGGGAAAGAGCGAACGACUGAGCAAGUGGUGUUUUUGAUGCUGCCGACGCAACUUGAUUUGAAUGGACAAGUGCUUUUCUUAGGGACCACUAAAGGACAUUACACAAGCUUACAUGGGUUGCUACUCGAUUUAGACGGGUAAGCAACAGAACAUAUGAUCAGACUCGUUUUGCCAUCAAACUGGUCGAAAGAUCGAUAUUAUUAUAGGCUAUGCAAUAAUUCGUUCUUCUUUUGUAGACAUGGACUGUACAGUAGCCUACAUGCCCUAAGGUUGCAGCCCUUUGAUGUUUCUGACGAUGGCGGUCCCAUGUUCACUGUUCAGCCACUUAUGCCUAAUGUCAUUCUCUUUGGGUUGAGCCUCUCAAGAAACAGAGAGGUGAUUGGUAGAAUCUUACACGAGUAGGCUUCAUUACUGUUACACAGUCUUCUCCAAAAGCACUGAUUGCCUGUCAUUCUGAAUCAGGAAGUACAGUCAGUGCUAUAGAUGCUGGCUGUUCCCAUAGCAGGCUCCAUCUUUCUCUCGCAGCGGAAAAAACAGGGUACCACAGCCUCCAAGGAAACUAAGCAUUGCAAUUAACCGUGACAGGAACUAUGGUGGAUCGUUCGAACUGCAGAAAGCUGUCAUAAUAUCCCUCAUUUGAAUUCAAUGGAAAAUGUUGCUGUGCAAUGUAGGCCCACCAUUGCGUACAUGAAGAGUUUGCAACAUUAACAAAGGAAUGUGAUGCUACGGACAGAUGAGACACUGUUGAUAGAUGAUCUAGGUCUUCUUGGAUGCUACUGUACGAUACCCUCAGGAUCCCAGUGGGCUAGCUAGUGGUUUACCAUCAACAGCAUCCAUAGAUGGGGACACACAGUCACAGACAGUGUGCAUUUGAACACCCUACCAAACACUCAACCACCCACCACCUAGUGUGGAGGACAAACUGACAGCCCUAGUAAAAGGGACACUCCAGUCCACUCUCUCUGCUUUGACAUUCCCCCCCUCUCCUCCUGUGUGAGUUUGUCCAGUCCAGUGGGUCCUGCAUGGAUGGUGUAUGUGAGCCGAGCGAGGAAUCACCCCAGCUGUUGAGACCCAACCGCUGACCACCGGGAGCCAUCAUGGACCCCCAUACGAGACUGAGUGGUGCUGGAGGUGGAGGUGGAGGAGGGAUUGGUGGUGGUGGUGGUGGUGGUGGUGCUGGUACGAACGCGGCAUCACUACCCUGCACCAACUGUGGGGGAUGCUACGGCCCUGUGCCCGUGCCUCCUCCCUCCUCCACCACCUCCUCCUCCUCCACCUCCUCUCCAGGCCCCCCUCCACACAUGACCGAGCCGCCUCCCUGCUUCGGGGAGGCUGAGAACGGGACCAGCUGGGCCUGCUCCUCCCUGGUGUCAGCCUCCAGCUCACCCGACUCACACAUCCACCAACACCACCAUGCCCACCACCACCACCACCCCGAGCCUGUAGGGGGCAGCACCCUGUUCUGGACGGCGGUGUUUGACUACGAGGCCACGGCGGACGAGGAGCUGACGUUGCGGCGCGGCGACCUGCUCGAGGUGCUCUCCAAGGACGCCAAGGUGUCCGGUGACGAGGGUUGGUGGACCGGCAAGAUUCAGGACAAGGUGGGCAUCUUCCCCUGUAACUAUGUGACGCGGCGCAGUACCAGCUACCCCAAGCUGCUGCCCCCCGAGCGGGUGUUGGCCAGCGGGGAGUGCCCUCUGGAGAUCGACUUCACGGAGCUCAGCCUGGAGGAGGUCAUCGGGGCCGGCGGCUUCGGAAAGGUCUACAAGGGCAUGUGGCGUGGAGAAGAGGUGGCGGUGAAGGCGGCGCGCCAGGACCCGGACGAGGACAUCAGCGUGACGGCGGAGAGCGUGCGGCAGGAGGCGCGUCUCUUCUGGAUGCUGCGCCACCCCAACAUCAUCUCCCUGCGCGGCGUCUGCCUGCGCGAGCCCAACCUCUGCCUCGUCAUGGAGUACGCCCGCGGCGGAGCGCUCAACCGGGCGCUGGCCGGCAAGAAGGUGCCGCCCCGAGUGCUGGUCAACUGGGCCGUGCAGGUGGCCACGGGCAUGGACUACCUGCACAACCACACCAUCGUGCCCGUCAUACACCGAGAUCUCAAGUCCAGCAACAUUCUGAUCCUGGAGCCGCUGGACAACCUGUGGGGGAAGACCCUGAAGAUCACGGACUUCGGGCUGGCGCGCGAGUGGCACCGCACCACCAAGAUGAGCGCAGCAGGCACCUACGCCUGGAUGGCACCCGAGGUCAUCAAGCUCUCGCUCUUCUCCAAGAGCAGCGACGUCUGGAGUUUUGGCGUUCUGCUGUGGGAGCUGCUGACAGGGGAGGUGCCCUAUAGGGAGAUUGAUGCGUUGGCUGUGGCCUAUGGCGUAGCGGUGAACAAGCUGACCCUGCCCAUCCCCUCUACCUGCCCCGAGGCCUUCGCACACCUGCUGGAGGAGUGUUGGAGCCAUAACCCCCACAGCCGGCCGGCGUUCGGCUGCAUCCUGCGGCGGCUGCUGGCCAUCGAGCAGUCAGCCAUGUUCCAGAUGCCCCUGGAGUGCUUCCACUCGCUGCAGGAGGACUGGAGGCUGGAGAUACAGCAGAUGUUCGACGAGCUGCGCGCCAAAGAGAAGGAGCUGCGUUCGUGGGAGGAGGCGCUGGCUCGGGCGGCCGAGGAGCAGAGGGAGCAGGAGGAGCAGCUGAGGAGGAGGGAGCAGGAGCUGGCGGAGCGGGAGAUCGACAUCGUGGAGCGCGAGCUCAACAUCAUCAUCCACCAGAUGUACCAGGAGAAGCCGCACGUGAAGAAGCGCAAGGGCCACUUCAAGAAGAGCAGGCUGCUGAAGCUGGGCCGAGACAGCAACUCCAUCAGCCUGCCCUCUGGUUUCGAGCACAAGAUCACGGUGCAGGCGUCGCCAAGUGUGGACAAGAGGAAAACGCAGGGCAGCGAAACGACCACGCCCCCAGCCAGCCCUGGAGUUAUGCCUCGCCUCAGGGCCAUACGCCUGACCCCCGGUAGUGACGGCAGGAAGACGUGGGGCCGCAGCUCCGUGUGCAAGGAGGAGGUGGUGAGCGGCAAGAAGAAGGGCCGCACCUGGGGACCCAGCUCCACCCACCAGAAGGAGAGGGUCGGGGGAGAGGACAGGCUGAAGUCUCUGGGUGAAGGGUGUAAGACGUGGUCGUCCAGUGCCCCCAACCUGGGCAAAUCCCCCAAGCACAUCCCCAUGACCGCAGGCUUCUCCAGCCUCAACGAGAUGGAGGAGCACUGUGAGGACUCCCCGACCGGCUCUCAGCAGCUCCCCCUGGAGGUCAGCAGCAGUAACGGCUCCGUGGAGAGUGCCGGAGGCGGUGGUGGAGGUGACGGAGGUGGUGGUGGAGUCAGAGGCCGCUCCUGGACUAGCCUCAGUGGAGGAGGAGGUGUUGGAGGAGGAGGAGGUGGAGUGGGGAGCCAGGGCUCUCUGCAGCGCCCCCCAAAGGAGAAGACUCACAAGCAGAACCAGAGCCAGAGCCCCAGUCACGGGUUGCUGCUGGGCUGCGCCUCAGUACUGGCCUCUGUGGCCCUGGGACAAGACCUGCAGCAGCUCGCACGCCUGCAGGAUGAGCAGGAGGCUCGCGAGAAGAAGAAAGAGGGCCUGUUCCACCGCACCAGCCGCUUCCGGCGCUCCAGCUCCCCUCCCAGCCACUCGCUGUCCCUCUCGCUGUCCCUGUCCCAUAGCCACGCCCAGCAGCACGACCCCUCGCUGGCCUGCCUGGACCCCUCGCCCUCCGUCACCCUGCUCUCCCUCUCCUCGCUCUCCGACUGCAACUCCACCAAGUCCCUGCUGCCCUCCGACCCCGACGACCUGCUCAUGCCCUCGCCGCUGCAGCACCACCACACGCCGACGUCGGCGGCCUUGAUGGCAGCAGGUGGCUCGUCGUCGUUAUCCUCGUGCUCGUCCCCCGCGCCCGCUCUGAACCCGCUGCUGGACCUGCGGGCCGAGAGCUUCAAGCGUGAGCCCAACCAGUCGCUGACGCCCACGCACGUCUCCUCGGCGACAGCCAGCGCGGCGGCCGCCAUGACGGUUAGCUACCGCAGGCACCGGCGCACGCCCUCGGACAGCGCCAUCGGGCGCGCUCAGCCACUGGUCGUCAUGGCACACAGACGCACGCCGUCGGACGGGAGUGUGGUGCCCACGCCCCCUACGCACCAGGGGCUCAAUACUGUGACGUACACAGGUUCCAGCACCACCUUGACCCUCCCCCACCACCAGCCCGACCCGUCCAGCCUUUUCCCGUCAGUGCCUCGCCGCAGAGCCCCCAUCCUGGCUCCGCCCUCCCACCCCCCUCCUCCAGCGCCCACACCCCAGAUGACCAAACAACACCACCACCACCACCCCCCACCUCACUACGGCACCACCACCACCACCCUCGCAGGGACGACACCCCCAGCACCACUACCAACACCACUACUUCCAGCAGCACUGGGCACCCCGACUAAUCCCACUCUCGAGCGGCCUACAACCCUGGAGUUCGCCCCCCGGCCUCGGCCCACCGUGUCCCGCGCUCUGUCCCGGCAGAAGCUGGCCUCCUUCUCGCGGACACUGAGCAUGUCGCCGGGCAGCAGCAGUGACAGCCUGCUGGGCUCUGGGGACAGCAGCGGGGUGUGUGGCACGGCGCCGCAGACGCUGUUGGACAUGGACACGGAGGGCCAGAGUCAGGACAGCACCUUGGCCCUGUGCAGCCAGCACCCUCCGCCCACCGUGUGUGGACAACACUUCCUAUCGUGGACUGGAGAAGUCAUCCGUGACAAAAGCAAGUGGAAGGGGAAUGGGGAUCCAAUAGAGGCUCUCUACGCCAGCCCCCGGAGGCUCUGA